GGUAUGUUGUGUCAGCAGCUUUUUGGGAGAUAGUUAUGUAUGGGGCUUAAAAACAAAAACAAAAACUCGAAAAGCCUUUUAUGACGUGGGUUGAUUUAAAAUCGAGAAAGAAAGAAGAACAAAAUACGAAAGCAGGAAGUGUUAUUAUGCUAUAGCAGCAGCUGCGUGAAGAUAUUCCUACCACAAUCUCUUUCUCUAACAGAACAGAAAUCUGCAGUUCACGAAAUCGAAGUGGCGUGCGUGUAUAGGGAUUGGAUAUAAGAAAUUUGUUUAUUGAUGAUGUUGGCGAAGAAACUAAGUUCCUUCCUCAAACUCUCCCCUAAACCUCACAUUUCCGGUGCCGGGAAGAAUGUGGGUGAAGAACAGGGUAAAUAUUUUGGUCGGAAGGCAGUGUCGUUUGUUUUGAUUACUAUUACAGGUGGUGUUGCUCUGAGUGCUCUUGACGACCUUGCUAUAUAUCAUGGUUGUAGCAGCAAGGCCAUGGAGAAUGCAAGCAAGAACCAGGCAAUAAUAGAUGCUAUUGGAGAACCAAUUGUUAAAGGGUCAUGGUACAAUGCAUCUCUGGCAGUGGCUCACAAGAGGCAAUCAGUGUCUUGCUCAUUUCCCGUUUCUGGACCCCUAGGCUCAGGUGUCGUACAGCUGAAAGCAGUCCGCAAUGGAGAGGACACUUGGUCUUCCUUUUUCCUUGCUCGUGAUUGGGACAUUUUAAUCAUGGAUGCUCUCCUCCAUGUACCUGGGAAUGAGGAGAAGCAUCAGUCUUUGCGGAUUAAUCUGUCCGACAAGCUGUCUCCUUCUUGUACUCCUUGCACCGCGUGCGUAGCUUGUCCAUCAGAAAAAUCAGAGGCAAAGUUGAGUUCCAAUCAAUAAUAGUAAAGCUUAAGUGACAUUCUAUAUUUCGACUAAAACAAUUUUUUCAGGUUUUAUACUUUUUACAUGAUGCAGAAGAUAGUAUCAUCUGUUUUCGACAGAAUAAAUUUUGAAAUUUCUUAAGAAAAUAAAUGUUAAUAUUAUUUAUCAUUGGAUUUUCAUUAUUGAAAA